UCCGGUGCGGCUCGAUACACACCCGCGCUUCCCGAGAGUGGUGUGUGCGUUUGUGCGUGCGUGCGUGCGUGCGAGUGUGUAAAGGUUCGUUUUUCCGGUCGAACGUGUCGAAACGUUGCACGCGAAACGCGUCGUAGUGUCGUAGUACCUAUUCUCGUCGUAGCGCAAAGAAGAAAAAAAAAAAAACGGAAGCUGCUGAGUGUCCCCGCCGGAAAGGUGCCGAGUGUGUGAUUGGGCCAGCCUUAUCAAUCAACACUUCUAUCAACCCUUCCCGGGACCAUCCCCUGCUUGCCGAAUGGCUGGCUGGGUGUCUUUAGCGUUCUCUUUCGAUGUUUCCUGCAGCACGGCGAGAGCGGCCGGUACGUGCCGAAGGAUUGUUUGGCCGCCGCACCGACUGAACUGACCGCAGUGCGUGCCGAGGCAGGCAGAGUGCUACCAGGCAUUGGUGGCUCUCCACUCCACCAGUGUGCGAGUGUGUAUGUGUGUGUGUGUGUGUGCGCGAAUGUAUGCAAAGUGUAAAAUAGUGUAAACCAAAAGCUCUAAAGCCCGCGCCAAAAAUAGUGCCUCGACAACCUGCCGAAAAUAGUGCGCGUCCUCUCUGCCAAGCUCGAUCUACCUGCUCAAUAACGAAAACGAUACCAUUGCCCCCACCCGAGCAACGGACUCGGACAAUCGUGCUUUUGUUUUGUUUUGCUGCUGUUCCGUUGCCGUGCGGGCCGUUCGCCAUCAGCCAGCAAACAGUGCAAAAGGGACACUACUCGACACCGUACGCGAGCAACAAUCAAACCAAGUACGUACCAACAUCGCACCGAACAGCGAUCAAAUUUCGUACUCCGGCUGGCUUCGCAUCGGCCGAUUAACGGAGCGGGGGGAAAAUAAGGGCUGCUUAUCGGUGCGGGGUGAGUGGAGAGGGGGCACUAAAGCGCGCAUCGUAGAAAUCGUGUGAAGCCUGCAAAAGAAAAAUGUGUUUAGAUUUAAUGCUGUCACGAGCUUUCAACCGUUGCCCGCUGCAGUAGUAUCCAGUGUCGUACUUUGUGUGUGUGUGUGUGAGUUUGUGUGCUGUGUCUCAGUGGUGCGUUCCACUUCCCCACACAAGUCCACCCCCUCACCAAGCAAGCAGUUGGCCCGGAAUGCCCGGCAAUCGUAGUUCCACCACCCGCCUGCCUAUCCAUCCGGUUCAUUUGUGCACGGUUAGCGGUGAGGAACGAGCCGACCUACUGCCGUCAGUCAUUGCGUGAGUGUGUGCGUGCGUGUGUGUACACUGUGUGCAAAGCAAUGCGUUUGCGGGCGGACGCUCGGUGUCGGAUGGUGGCGGUGGCCUUCGUGCUGCUCGUGCAGCUCGUCGACAGCGGCCAGAUGGAGGAGCUGCAGCUGCGCUCCGGUACGGGCGGGGGCGGCUCCGGCACGACCCGGUACCGGACCGGGGCGGCCGACACGCCCGGCAAGGGCCGCGGGCAGGCGGGCCCCGCACCGAUGUACGCGGUGAACGAUAUCGAGUGUCCGAGCUUUGCGGAAAAUUCCGCCUGCCCGUGCUACAAAUUUGAAGAUGGCAUCUUUCUCGAGUGUCCCGGCAUCACGCUGGCGGCUCUCCGCUCGACCCUGCAGGUCAUCUCGUCGCCCAUCCAGUCGCUAUCGGUGUACGACUUUGACCGGUCGGUCAAGACGCUGACGGUGGAUCUUUUCCAAGGGGCGGCGUUCUCCACUGCUGGCGGCAGUGGUGGUGGUGUAGGGCUCGGCUUGGACUCGGCGGCCGCCGGUAACAUGAGCAUCCGGCACCUGCAGUUCUCCCACUCGAGCCUGCAGCAGCUAAAGCCGAACAGUUUGCUGCCACUGCGGUCCCAUCUGGAGAGUCUGAGCAUUAUCAACGGGAAGCUGACGCAGGUGCCCUCGAAAGCGAUCGUCGGUCUGAAGAAGCUGAUGGUGCUCGAUCUGGACGCGAACGAGAUCGGCACGCUGGAGGACUACGCCUUCCAUGGGCUCCACCUGGUGAAGCUCAACCUGAAAAGCAACCAGAUCGAGCGCGUGCCCACGAACGCGCUGGCCGGGCUGGAGGAGUCGCUGGCCGAGCUCGACCUGUCCGAGAACCGGUUGCGCCAGUUCCCGACGCUGGCGCUCCGCCAGCUCGAGCACCUCCGGCUGGUGCGCCUCUCGAUGAACGAGAUCGCCUCGCUCGAGCCGGACGACAGCUACACCCGGUUCGGGGCGCUCUCCUUCCUCGACCUCAGCCUGAACAACUUCGCCGAGCUGUACGGCGACAUCUUCGGCGCCUUUCCCGCGCUGAAGACGCUCUCGCUCUACAACAACUUCAUCGAGCAGGUGCACCGGGACGCGUUCGUGUCGCUGCACGAGCUGCAGUCGCUCGACCUCAGCCACAACCGGAUCGUCUACCUCGACCCGGACGUGUUCGCGGCGAACCGGCGGCUGCACACGGUCGACCUGAGCCGCAACCACGUGCACUACGUGAGCGGCGUGUUCGCCAACCUGCCCGUGCUGCGCGAGGUCUUCCUCAGCGAGAACAACCUGCUCGAGCUGACGGACGACUGCUUCGCCAACUCGACCGGCGUGAAGGUGCUGUACAUGGAGCACAACGCGCUGCAGCGGCUGGACGGCGAGGCGCUCGCCUCGCUCGCUAACCUCGAGCAGCUGUUCCUCAGCCACAAUCUGCUGGAAAAGAUACCGGUGCGCUUUUUCGAGCCGACGCCCGAGCUGACCUCGCUAGCGCUCGACGGGAACGCGCUGCUCGAGCUGGACGAGCGGCUGUUCCAGCGGCAGGGGAAGCUGCGCGAGCUGCGCCUCAACGGGAACCGGUUGCGGCAGAUCCGGGCGGCGCUGUUCGCGCCCGCCGCCGACCUGAUGGAGCUGCAUCUGCAGAACAACGAGCUGCGGGUGGUGGAGCGCGGCGCGCUCAGCGGCUGCCCGCAGCUGCAGUACGUCAACCUGCAGGACAACGCGCUGGAGGAGCUGGACGCGGUGUUUGCCGGCGGGCCCGGGCCGCACACGCCCGCCCACUCGCCGCUGAUGGCGGUGACGACGCACGGGAAGCUGAUCAGCACGAAGGGCGAGCCGGCGGUGCUGGACGGCGAGCUGGCGGGCCAGCCGGCCGAGUCGGCGCUGCUCUCGAUCCAGCUCAGCGGCAACGCGCUGCGCCAUCUGCACGCGCAAGCGUUUCGCGGCCAGACGAGCGUGCAGAUGGUGUGGCUGGAGCACAACCAGCUGCGCUCGCUCGACCGCGCCCUGUUCGCCGAGACGGUCCACCUGGAGAAGCUGUACCUGCGCAACAACUCGCUGAUCGCGCUCGAGCCUGGGACGUUCGAUGCGCUCGGGCGGCUCAAGCUGCUCGAUCUGUCGCGCAACCGGCUGAGCGACCUGCAGCCGGAGCUGUUCCGCCGGCUGGCCGAGCUGGAGGAGCUGCUGCUCGCGCACAACCUGCUCGGGGCGCUGCGGGCCAACGUGUUCGGGGCGCUGCACGGCCUCCGCACGCUCGACCUCAGCUACAACAACCUGCAGACGCUCGGCGCGGACGCACUGCAGCCGGGCCUGCCGGUGGCGAGCGUGAACCUGCGCGGCUGCAACCUGACGCGGCUCGAGCCGGGCGCCUUCCGCGGGCUGCUCAAUCUGGCCGAGCUGACGCUGGAGGAGAACCGGCUGCCGGCGGGCGAGCUGCGCCAUCUCGACGCGAGCCCGGUGCGCACGCUGCGCCUCGCCGCGAACAACUUUACGGCGGUGCGCGAGGGGCUGCUCGAUCGGCUCGUCUCGCUGCAGGUGCUGGAGCUGGCGCGCUGCGCCAUCGGCGACCUGCCCACCGCCCUGCUCCAGCGCAACGUGAACCUCGUCCGGCUGGAUCUGAGCGAGAACGAGCUGCGCGUGCUGCGCCGCGGCUCCUUCGCCGGGCUGCACGUGUUCAAGGAGCUGCGGCUGCACGGCAACCGGCUGGCGGACUUCCCGCACCUCGCCCUGCUGAACGUGUCCACGCUCGAGGUGCUGACGCUGGCCCGCAACCAGCUGACGGCGAUCGAUUUCUACAAGCUGAGCGGGCUGCCGAACCUGCGCACGCUCGACCUGCACGCGAACAGCAUCACGACGCUGGGCGGGUUCACCGCCGACACGCUGCCCCAUCUCGACACGCUCGAUCUGAGCGGCAACCUGCUGCUGGCGCUGCCGGAGAACUUCUUCAAGCACUCGGUCAGCCUGCAGCGCGUCGACCUGUCGGCGAACCGGUUCGGGCGCAUCCCCAACCUGGCCCUCUCGGAGGCGUCGCUGGCCCGGCUGGCCUGGCUCAACCUUACCGGCAACCCGCUGCAGCGCAUCUCGGCCGACGCCGACCAGCAGCGCUUCCCGCAUCUGCGCGAGCUCGUCAUCAGCCGCACCAACCUGUCGAUCGUCACUAGCAAAGACUUCGAGCUGUACCCGGCGGUGCAGCGGCUGCACCUGGCGCACAAUCGCAUCAACCGCAUCUCGCCGGGCGCGUUCGUCGCCCUCGCCAGCCUGCAGCUGCUCGAUCUGAGCGUGAACGAGCUGGAGCUGCUGCCGAAGGAGCGGCUGCAGGGGCUGCGGCUGCUCGAGACGCUCAACCUGUCCACCAACAGCAUCCGCGAGCUGGACGAGUUUGCGCAGGACCUGCAGAAGCUGCGCGUGCUCGACGCGUCCGCCAACCAGCUCGAGCGCAUCCACAAGAACGCGCUGCGCCAUCUGGGGGCGCUGCAGGAGCUGUACCUGAACGGCAACCGGCUGAUCACGGUGGCGUCAGACGCGUUCCGGACGCUGCGCGCCCUGACCCGGCUCGAUCUGCGGAAGAACUACUUCGAGUACGUGCCGCUGCGGGCGCUCAAGCCGCUCGAAACUCAUCUGCAGCAGCUGCGGCUGGAAGAUAAUCCGCUCGUCUGCUCGUGCGACACGCAGGAGCUGUGGGAGUGGCUGAGCGACCACCGGAAGUGGGCCCGCGGUUACGACAACGUGCGGUGCGAGCAGCCGGCCGAGGUGCAGGGCAAGCUGCUGCUGACGAUGGAACCGCAGGAGUUUUGCGACGUGCCGCUCAUCCUGAAGAUCGCCAUCCAGGACAUCCAGCCGUACUCGGUGCUGGUGUCGUGGCAGAGCCGGGAGCACUCCGGGCUGCACGGGUACCACAUCAUCUACCACUCGCUGGACACGGUCGAGGACAUACGCGGUAAGACGAUGAACCGGUCCUCCAACUCGGCCAAGCUGAACCGGCUGUCGUCCAACACGCGCUACCUGAUCUGCGUGCUCGGGCUCGGCAGCUGGCUGACGUACCACAGCGACAUCAACAGCCUGCUGAACCAGUCGAACCAGCUGCAGAACCAGAUCCUGAACAGUGGCUCGGCGGUGCACAGUGGGUACGCGGCGGGCGACCUGGACGCGUCCCUCUCGAACACGCUGCUGUCGCUGAUGAUGGACACGCCCACGUCGCGCUGUACCGAGGUGCGCACGCUCGACGCGAUCGGGCCGAACCCGCUGGCCGAGGCGGACGGCAUGUCCGGGCGCAGCAUCAUCCACUCGAUACUGACGCGCCGGCUCGGGCUGAUCGUGGGCUGCUGCCUCGGCAUCGUCGUGUUCAUCGUGCUCGUCUCCGUGCUCGGCUGGCUGAAGAUCAAGAAGCAGCGGCUGGAGGCGGCCAAGCGCCAGCAGCAGCCGCACCAGCCCGAGUUCAUCUCCUACCGGCACUUUUCCAUCCCGAACGACGAGCACGGCCGGGACGGCGUGGCCGGCGCGAUGAGCGCCGUCGUGGGCGGUGGCGGUGGUGGCGGCGGUGGUGGGGUCGCCCUGCUCGAUGGGCAUCCGUCGUUCAUCUCCGGCGCGGUGCUCGGCACCACCACGACCAUGAACGGGGGCGGACCGGACGAGCACAAGAAGCUGUUCCUGACCGACAGUUGAAACGGGCCGGGCACGGUACGGCUGCCCGCCAACGCUUCCCUCGCAACGCUCGAUCUGGUCAAUUACGGCUGAAGCGGUAGGUUGCAGGUGGACCCAAGGACGGUGCGAGGGGGGGAGGGGGCUGGAGCUCCCCCUCUCUUUUUUCUACACCCCAAAAAACCAAGCGGCAAAUCACUCACAGCCCGCAAAGCAGAAACGAAGCGCGCGUGGAAGCGGGCAAAACAAAAAAAAAAACAAACGAACUAGUAAUAAUCAAACAGCAUAGCUAAUGUUACUUGUGGAUAAGCGUUGCCGAGCGAGUGCAUGGAUGGAAAAGGAGUUGGCGUAGGAUAUGCAAACAAAAAUUAGUACUCGUGAGCAGUAUCAAAAGCUCCCAGGGCAAGUGGAACGAUUUUAACGGGCAGAGCAUACAAGUGUGAGACUGGAUUUGGCGCACUCCGGCGCCUUCAUAUUUCAGCGCCAAUCUGCAACCGGCGUAAAUUCAUACCAAAACGAUUAGGCUAAAUGGAAGAAACACUCUUAAAAGAGAGCGCAAGCGAAGGAGAGGAUGGCGGGUUAUAUAAUUUUACAUUUUAUCUUGUUCGUUUUAAAUAUCAAACUAGAUUUAUUUAUUAUGUUUCUCUACUCAGAACAAACAAGAAAUUUCAAUGGGUAUGCCAAAAGAUUGAAUAAUCGGCCUUAUACAGCUUCCUUUAACGCUGCGUGGCGGGCGUUUUGCAUACAUUUAGGCUAACGGUAACGAAAUUAUAGCGAAGCGUGCGAUCCUUUCCAAGCGCCUGCAGCUAUGCAAUCGAGAGUGCGGUAUUGGAUUUUAAUAGACGAGUUUCCUUUUUGUUUUUGCCCAGCCCAACUCGGCUCAAUUAUUGGCUGAUGGCCUGUUUACUCUGUUGCAUCACACACGCACACAGCAGCAAACACAGAUGUUUGAUUUCAAUCACCACGAUUGUAGUGCUGCUGGAAGCAAAAAAAUAGCAAAAAAAUAUAUAUAUAUAAACAUGAAAGCAGCGUGUUGACCAAAAACCCAUUUCACCCCAUCACACUAACGGAAAAAAGUGGCAAAACAAAAAUAAAAAUGAGGAGGUAAAAUGGCAAAAACGAAAGAAAAACCCGUAAAAGCCAAUACAGAGAUAUUGUAAAUAUUUUGUAGAGACAAGAUUAUUGAGCUUUACCGUGUUGUGCAUGAAACUGCAAAAAAAUACCAUACCAGUUGGGUAGGUUCGAUUGAGCGAGGCUGAAAUCGUUCGGUUUUUCUUUAUAAAUACUCACAUAGGCAAAUUAUGACUUGUUCAACCUCGGGACAAGGAAAGGGAAAACACAGAAGGAAAAAGGGUAGACAAAAACACAUUCAAGAAUGGAGGAACGGCUUCUGCUAGGAAUGUGAAGUGUCAGAAACAGCGGUGAAAGGAGACAAUUUUAUUUGCUUUUCGUUUCGGCUCGCUGGUUGCCUUUAACUUGACUUUACGACAGUUGUGUCCCGCAGUGCAAGGGACACAAGAAAAAAAAACCCACGCCACGGUGAGUAAAGUUGCUCACCCCUUUCGUCGGGAUCAUCCUUUUCGUACAGCCGUGCACGCUUCGGUCGAACCGAUUGAAACUGGCUGAUUGACAAAAAAGGAUUAACGAUAGGAAACGGCAAAAGAUUAAGCAAAUGGAACAUCGUGGAAGGGGGUUCUAUUAUCCGGCAGUGCUGCACUUGGUGGCACUUCAGUGACGCCCGGCUUUUGUGCGGUGGUAACCGAAGUGGUUGAAAUGUUUUUCACCUGAAAGCAAUCCUGCCAGGCAGUUUCAAUUAUUUCGCCUUUUUUUUGUCGUUCAUUUGUAUUGGCGUUUUCCGUGUUAUGUUUUUAUUAUUCCAUCUGUGUUGGAGCUUUACAGGGUUUUCCAGGAGUUCUCAUAGUUGUAGGACACUUCCUUGACUCUUUCCUAUGUGAAGAGAACUUCAUAUGAUGGAAAUUGGACUCUAUGGCAUCCUAUUUGGACAGACAGAUUGGACCUAUUGGAUUCUAUAACACAGAGUCCAAUUCCCAUUACAUUAAGUCAUUUCAUUUCACAUUAGAAGGAGUCAAUAUAGUGUCCCAUAGCUAUGAGAACUGCUGGAAAACCCUGCAUCUGCUUGGCGGAACACAUACACACUAGGUUAUGCGAGCGUUCGUUCCGUGUGUUUGUGUGACGAGUAAAUGCAAGAUAAUGCGCUCUCUCCCCCUUCCAAGAGCGGUUUGUGGCCGUGGGUGGAUUGUGUCUUCCCGGUUUGCCAAGCACUGGUUAGUUCAGUUUUUUUUAGGGUCUAGAGUGCGGCACGAAGCAACAAAUAUGAACCACUCUAGGCGAGCUGAUUGCAAAUGGAGGCGCAUCAGUUUCGUGUCUAAAUUUUUUUUCUAGCUGCCUCGGGGAGUUUGCGGUUCAUUUAUGUUUUUAUGCUGAAUUCCGCGAGCGCUGUACAAGAUGCUGCGGGUGUAGUUGGUCCGUGUUUUUUGUUUAUACCAUAGUAAUUUGAUAUUUAUUUAUUUCUGUUUAUCUUUCAUACGGAAGCCAUCGUCAAGAGCGUUGUUUUUUGAUUGUUUUUGUUCUGAUUUUCUCUCAACUCAAUCGUUUGCAACAAUUUUCACAUACCAGCAAGGCUUUUUUCUCUCUCCAUUUUCUAUCAACAUCCACAAUUGAUUGUUAUCGAAAGUGUGUACGUGUGUUUUUUUUUUAGUGUGGAAUCAGCACUGGAAGGAAGGAUCAUUAAUGAUUCUAACAAAACAAUCCACAACGCUUUCGUGCAAAGCAGAAUCGUUUGCAGCAGCGCACGGUGUGUUUGUGACGUAGCUAUGUAUGCUUUUUAUUUGAUUGUAAGCACAGUUAUUCGUUUUUUUGUUCGCUCCCUGUUUUUGGUGGCUGAUGCUUUCCCGUGAAAGCUCAUUGUCAGUAGAGCUUAGAACAAAUGAGCGCGUGAGUUUUCAUUUCCAGGCUUUAUUCUUUAUAAGGACGGUUAUAAAAAAAAAACAAAACAAAUGAAAACUGUUUGCUUUUUCGCACCAAAGCGUAAGCGUAAGGGUGAAGUGAAAUGGAAAGAAUGAUCCUAAUUGAAACAUUAUUUUAUGGCCCCAGCUUCCCUUAUUGCGUAUUUUACGUUCGCGCCUAAAUGUAGGCAGUACUGUGCUUUAUUUUAAACAGCUACUGCAAGCCGCACCCUUUCUUCAAAGGCAACCGUGCGCGAAUUUUAUUUUCAUUUUGUAAUUAAGAAUAUAUAACAAAGUGUUCAUGUUAAUUUAUAUUAUGUAAGGUUUUUUUGUACUCCAUUUAAAACACUCAAUUACUGCACGCAUGCAAUCGUUAUAAUGUUGAUUUAAGAUAGCGUGCACGCUAGAUAAUGUUGCUAAUUGGGAAAAUCAUUAGAUUGUAAGCGAAAGAAAUUUUGGUGCUAGCUAGUUGGUGGACGGAUUGGUUGUAGUUUUGUUUUGUGUUUUUCUCUCUCUCUCUUUUGGAUAUGCUUAAAUAAGUGAGGAAAAAACAGGGCAUUAUGAUAGAGUUGUUUCACUAGAUAUAUAAUUACUUGCAAGUGAAGGACCGCUGUAAUGUCAUUCAAAAAUGCAUCGCCAGGCAGCAAGAAAAUGGAGGCGCAACGAAAGGCGAAGGUUUGGUGAAUUUUUGAAACGAACAUAAAAUCGCCACACAGUCGAGCGAACGCGUUUGUUUGCUUAAUUGCUUCAUUUGAUUGUUUGUUAAAUUUUCUUCGUCGGCAGUUGACAGUUGUUAGCCUUACCUUGGUGCAUUGGUUUUCGAGAGCGAUGAAAAGAAAGCGUGAACGUGAAACAGGUAAACAAAAACAAAAAUAUAAAAUGAAAAACAAUUACACAACUCCCAAGCGCGAGGAAUCACAACUGUAUAGCACUAAAGCACGUGAUAGCCUCGCAAGAUUGAACGUGUUUAGCGCCCGUUGCCAGUGAAAUGUUACUUCCCCAUUCACAUUAGUGUCAGUGAAGCCGGAGUGGCCAGUUAAGAAAGGGAAUGAAACAGGAACAUAAAAUGACGCGUGAUGCGUAAAAGUGUAAAAGCUGUAUCUUUGCAAACAAAGAAACAACACGAGCAAAACUCAAACAAAACCAGUUCAUCGAUAAAUCAAAACAAAUCAAAACGCUACCCCAAAACAAAGCACUUCAAAAGUUGUAAAUAUGAGCAAACAAACGAAUUGGAAGCGGAGCGCUUAAAACUAUGCUAGACACAACAACAAAAAGAAUAUGGGACGGUCGUUUUAUUUAUGUUGAAAAAUGGUAGCCCGUGAAGAACGGUCCGAUGCUGCAACAGCAGUGUAGCUGCACAGGUACGUGUGAGUUUACGAGCAAAGGUGUCACACGGAGUAGGUCGGAGAUGAUGUUUCGAUGUUUUUAACAUGUCUGAUCUGAAAGCAGAAAACAAAUCAAACUAACAAGAAUCCUAAUGGUACACCUAUUAGACACCAGGGACACUUCUGCACGUUGGCGGGGGAGCAUGUUUGCGGAACACGAGCGCGAACUGCAUUGUGAACCGCGAAGCGAGCAAAUCAGCAACUAAAACACCGCUACACAGUGGUAGGAGCGUAUUGUUGAGUAGAUUUGAAUCGGAAGGAAGCUUCCAGUCGACACAGCAGCUUGAGUAGGGCAACAAUGAUACUGAAAUGAGAAGAAAAACAAAAACUAAAAUUUAGAAAAUCCAUUCCAUCCCAGCAUCCCAAACGAGAUAGAAAAAAAAACGAGCAAAGAAAUGAGGAAGAUGAGAGUGAGAGCAGAAUCUAACGAAAGGAGAAGUAUGGAAUGAGAAUGAAAAAAAACAACAAUUGAAGUUAAAAGAGAAAAUAGAACGAGAAAGAAAGAAAUAGAAAGAAAGAGAGAAAGAGAGAAAGGGAGAGAGAGAGAUAAAUGAAGAAAGAGAACGAAAGAGCAGAAAGAAAAAUCGAUAAUUCAUCGGAACAUUAAAAACAAGUUAGCAAAUAAAAUUGUAUUUAUUCAAACUUUGUGUUUUAACUGAGUCAGGUUAUCAGCUGGGCAAGGGAAUGGCGUUGGUGAGCCCCACUUUUUUCUGUGCGAGCAUGUGUGUUGGUGUGUUUGGAAAGAUGUAUGAAAGGGGCAGGUUGUAACCGGAAAGAAAAAAAAAGAUUAAAAAUCAAUGGCAGUACCACUACUGCCCAGCAAAACAACGACAAAAGCGUGUGAAAAGCGACACUAUGUGUAUAUGUGUGUGUGUGUGUGAGGUUGUUUGAAUGUUUGGGAGAGUGUGCUCGUGAGUGUGUAUCAUCGUGACGUGCGUAGAGGUAGGCCGGUGAGCAAUUAACGAAAGUAUUAAGAAUUUAAAACUCGAUCGUAAGUAGUCAGUGACGUUGAAGAAAGUAACCCAACAGAGUAACCGAAAUGGGCAGAGAUCUGAGAGCAGGUGAAACCGAAGAUGAUCCUAAAAUACAAUAAAAAUUGAUAAACCCGGAAAGUUAA